GUAAAAAUCUGAAGAAGAGUUGGGAGUAAUUAUUUUUAAUCAUUAGAGCAGAGCCCAUCUGUUCUCAGUUUAUUUUUUUUAUUUUUCUGAAGGAUGAAGUAUUUCAUCUCUAGUGUCCGCCUAGUUAUGACACCUUAUGUUAAUGCAGUUCUCCAACAUUGGCUCAAUUUCCUCAACAAAUGCUUUCUGCACCUACACAGGCCGGAUGGGAACUAGAUAUCUGAUAAAAACUCGUGCUUUGUCGAUUGAAGAUCCUUUCGAGCAAACUGAGAAUACCGCUAGAGCUGUUGGCUGGGCAGAGUUGAACAUAAUAUCCAGAGCUUUCAGAGAGGCCUACAGGUUGUUUUCUUCAAGAAAUGUUGGUUCAGACAGGACUGCUUUGCUUACUUAUCUAGUCCGACCAAGUAUCCGCUCUCAACUUCGGGGAGGAUUACACAUUAUCGAUGAUGAUGACAAUGAUGAUGAUGAUGAUGAUGAUUAUGAAACAAUGGAAAAUCGCUUUCGUGACACUUUAACUAUCAGUCACGCUUCAAACACAAGCUCAUCCAGAAGCAUAGGGAGGAUGUGGACUGGCAGCAGCAGCAGCAGGGUCUUCUUUAAUGAUUAAAUCCAUUGUUGAUGUCGUUCAGCAGUGGAAUCAAGCAAACUUAUAACUUGACCUUCAAUGUGUGUUGCCGGUUGAAAAACUCUGAAUUUGCACUUGUAAUUUCGAGCGUGUCUUUGAAAUGUAUUUCUCAAAUAUCUAAUUUGAGGAAUGACUCAAUGAAUAGCAGCUCAAAUCUGGUUUUUUUUUUUUAA